AUGUCAGACGGUGCGGGCGACUGGGCCUGCGCUGGAGGAAGGCGCUCCUUCUCCUGCCGGCGAGGAGCCUGAUUGGUGCACCCUGCGCCCGUAGAUGCGGGCGGCGAGGUACUUAGCGAGACGCCGGUGUUGAAGUCGCUCUCAGUGUGCAGCUCAGGACGCAGGGUAGCAGCUCGGGAAGCGGUGCCAGACAGCAGCCCACGCAGAAACCAUGUCUAAAGGAACAGCAGUUGGAAUCGAUCUGGGCACAACCUACUCCUGUGUAGGUGUCUUCCAACAUGGCAAAGUGGAGAUCAUUGCCAAUGACCAGGGCAACAGGACCACACCCAGUUAUGUUGCCUUCACCGACUCCGAGAGGCUGAUCGGUGAUGCAGCAAAGAACCAGGUUGCAAUGAACCCCACGAACACUGUAUUUGACGCUAAGCGCUUGAUUGGCCGGAGGUUUGAGGAUGCCGUGGUCCAGUCGGACAUGAAGCACUGGCCAUUCACUGUGAUCAGCGACAAUGGGCGUCCCAAGGUGGAGGUUGAAUACAAAGGGGAGACCAAGAGCUUCUACCCUGAGGAAGUCUCCUCCAUGGUGCUAACUAAGAUGAAGGAAAUUGCAGAGGCUUACCUUGGAAAAACUGUAACCAAUGCUGUCAUAACUGUGCCAGCGUACUUCAACGAUUCCCAGCGCCAGGCUACAAAGGAUUCUGGGACUAUUGCUGGCCUCAAUGUACUGCGAAUCAUCAACGAACCCACCGCUGCUGCUAUUGCCUAUGGCUUGGACAAGAAGGUAAGUGUUCACCCCAUGGAGAGACAUUCAAGGUGCAAACUUCACUGACCGCUCUUCCCCUGA